UAGAGCUCUGUGACCAUGCUGCGCCGAAUAUGGGGCUUCCUGUUGCCCGCGGUGGCUGGCCAGGAAGAGGAAUCCGACCGCCUUUUUGAAGAGCUCUUCCAGAAGCUGGACCACCAUGGGAAUGGCAUGGUGGACAUCACAGAACUGCAGAAAGAACUGGAAGCUAUGGGUAUCCCCAUGGGCCAGGACGAGGAGAUACUAUUAAAAUCUGUUAAUACUAACGCAUGCAAUCUGUUGGAGCUUAGCACAUUUAUGCAGUACCUUCAAGAUAAUGAGAGGAUAAUGAGGUUGACUUUUAAGAGUUUGGACACAAAUAAUGAUGGAGUGAUUGAUACUUCAGAAAUUAUUGAUGCUCUCGACUUAAUAGGUAUACAGAUUUCUGAAAAAGAGGCAAUGAAGAUUCUUGAAAGCAUGGAUACUGAUGGGUCAAUGACAGUGGACUGGGACGAAUGGAGGAAGUAUUUUUUAUUUAAACCUGCAAGAGAUGUUAAGGAAGUUGCCCGUCACUGGAACUAUUUUACUGGAAUUGAUAUGGGAGAAAGAUGGACUUUUCAUGAUUUAACUGAUGAAGAGAGAAGCUCUGGCCUGUUAUGGAAAUAUCUGUUGGCUGGAGGCAUAGCUGGUACUUGUGCUCGAACACGCACAGCGCCAUUAGAGUGUCUAAAAACCCUAAUGCAGGUUUUAGAAGCAAAGAACGUGAGGAUAAUAAACCGUUUAAGAGAGAUGGUCAAAGAGGGUGGAGUCAUUUCUCUAUGGAGAGGAAAUGGUGUGAAUGUUCUCAAGAUUGCGCCUGAAACAGCUGUUAAGGUCUGGUCAUAUGAACAGUAUAAGAAGUUUCUUUCUUCUGAAGGAGCCAAAUUAAAAACUUUUGAGCAAUUUGCUUCUGCUUCUUUGGCUGGUGCUACUGCACAAUCUCUUAUUUACCCCUUGGAGGUUUUAAAAACUAAUAUGGCUGUGAGUAGAACUGGACAGUACUCUGGGAUUUUGGAUUGUGCCAGGAAGAUUUGGAAGCUUGCAAGUGUUCCUGGCUUUUACAAAGGCUAUGUUCCCAGUCUUCUGGCUGUUAUACCAUAUGUAGGCAUAGAUUUUACUAUUUACGAGCUUUUGAAGACUCAUUGGCUAAACACUGACACAGAACACCCUGGGUUGCUGACUUUGAUCGGAUGUAAUGCCUUCUCUAACUUUUGUGGUCAGUUUUUCAGCUACCCUCUGCACCUAGUGAGAACUUGCAUGCAGGUUCAAGGCAUAAUGGGAGUCCCACAGCUAAAUAUGAUCGUCUUUCGUCAAAUUUAUAAAAGCAGUGGAAUGCUAAGGUUUUUCAGAGCCAUGACUCCAAAUUUCUUAAAGUUGCUUCCUUCAGUAUGCAUAAAUUGUCUGGUUUACGAGUCAAUAAAACCACUCUUGGAAAGAGUGUAG